CAUCACCUCUGACUACACCGCCACUGAUCGCUCACAGACGUGCAAACAUUGCGGAACCCGCCGCACAGGCAGCUGCUUAACAUACCGCGGAAUGUUCUGUGUUGCUGAUGCAAGCUGAUGCCGAUAUUCGCCUAGUACCAAGGUCGGCGAGGCUUAGACAUCGCUUACAUCGACAUAUGUAUCGAUCAGAUGACACCGAAUUUGUAACCCAAAACAAGUUCUGAUUGAGAGCCGGUCGUGUUACGCGGUUCACCAGACUGGCGCGUGUUAAACUGCCGCAAUAGGAGAAUGUUUCGGUGGUGCUGUACUGACGUGUGUACAUAGCUAUGGCACAUAGGCAAGCUUGUGAAGAAAGCGCUUCUGCUAUGGUUAGCAAAGAUAUGAUAGUCGACGACCCUCGGAGUUAUGCGUUUGAAGUGUGGCCCUCCCGGAUCUAUUUUGUCAUCGAUAUUUGUGUCAGUGAUGUACGGUAUAACUGCAAGGCGAUUGCCAUUAUUGCCCGACUGAGUCAGCCAAUCUGCAAUCACAGCCGUGAACUCGGGCUGCGAUUCUUAUUUCGUUUGAAAUUGAAUGCUAACCCCGGGAGGGCUGAAGACGCUUGAAUUGGUAUUCCCGCCGGCUCGCAGUGCUUGGACCCCGGUAUCAUUUAUAAGCGGGCGGCGCGGACAAAAACCGGGGAGGCGGCGACGGCGUGGCCUUGGUGCUGGCGCUAGGGAGGUGCGAUGACCGCCGCCGCCGCGCGUCCCGCCCGUGAGUCAGCACGUUUGGAGUGCCGGCGCGUCGUCAGGGGGCGGGGCCAGCGGCUCGGCGCAGGAGAGCGAUCGGAGGUGUGCCGCCGCGACGCGGCCCAGUCCGACCGGAGCCGACCGGCCAGCCGCCCGCCCGACCGACCCAGUCAGCGCCAGGAGCUGUCGCCAUGCCGUCCAUUUUCGGCUACUGGACUCUGAGGGGACUCGGCCAGGCCAGUCGCUUCAUCCUCGAGUACACUGGCGAGGAGUACCAGGAUGUCCGCUUCGACGCGAUUAACGCCAAAGAGAAAUGGCAGGAGGAGAAGACCAAGAACCCGCACGGACUCGAGUUUCCCAACCUGCCGUUCUACGUGGACGGCGACAUCAAGCUGACCCAGAGCGCCGCCAUCCUGCAUCACCUGGCCAAGAAGCACGGCCUGGCCGGUGCCAACACAGAGGAGGAGUGGCGCCGCCUCGACUUGCUCGAGGGCGUGCUGGGUGACGUGCGGAUGACGUUCGCGUGGCUCUGCUACGGCUGCCGGGACGAGGCCAGCUUCAGCGCCCAGCGGCCCGUCAUGAGGGAGCGCGUCACGCCCGUCAUCAAACAGCUGAGCGCCUCGCUCGGCUCCAAACAGUGGCUGCUCGGCGACAAGAUCAGCUACGUCGACUUCCUGCUGUACGACGUGCUCUCCAACUGGCUGGAGCUGGAGAAGGACCUGCUGGACGAGCUGCCGAACCUACAGCAGUUCAGGGCCCGUUUCGAGGCGCUGCCCGCCAUCAAGGCCUACAUGCAGUCGGAGCGUUUCAUUAAGUGGCCGCUGAGCGGGCCAGACGCCUUCUUCGGCGGCAAGUAGGGUCGUCGCCGCUGGGCUCUCACGCCGAGUGCCGCGCUCCAUACCCGACUCCAUAAGCGGCUUCAGUGGCGCAGCGAGCAGUCGAGGCCACUCCAAGGCUCACCGCUGCUUCACCAACUGACCGAGCCGGCCGGUGUGCCACCGCCUCCAUCGUACUGAUGGAAACACUUCCGACCACCCAUCGGACUGAUGGAAACACUUCCGACCGUCCAUCGGUGAUCGGACUAAUGGAGACGCCUCCGACCACCCACCGGACGGUCUUUUCUAUCACCUCACCGAGCUCACCGAGUGGUCAGUGGUAUCGUCACUAUCAUUUGAAUUCGAUGUUAAUAAAAUGUCUUCGGCAAA